GUUUUGUGAAGUUGAGUGUUGGUGUUGUGUAUCAAAUCUGAGAAUCCGAGGUCGUCGUCAUAGUUUCACAAUACAUUGAUUCGAACGAAACUCGUGAUUUGCUUCCCCCCAAAUAUACAUUUUGCGAACUCGCAACUUCAUUAUUCACUCUUCAGUCAUCCUUACUACUUUCUCCGUGAAUUUUUCUCAAUUUGAAAUUGACUGACAACUCCAUGGUACAGCUGCCUCGCUCAUCUCGCUUUUAAAUAGCUCAUCAUGUCAGAAUCUUACGAUUUUCUAUUCAAAUUCUUGGUGAUUGGAAGUGCAGGUGCUGGAAAAUCAUGCAUUUUGCAUCAGUUCAUUGAGAGUAAAUUCAAGGAUAAUAGCAGUCACACCAUUGGAGUGGAGUUUGGUUCAAAAAUCGUCAAGGUUGGUGGAAAAUCUGUGAAAUUACAGAUAUGGGACACAGCUGGACAGGAAAGAUUCCGGUCUGUAACUCGAAGCUACUACCGUGGUGCUGCAGGGGCCCUCCUAGUCUAUGACAUCACAAGCCGGGAUUCAUUUAAUGCUCUGUCUAACUGGUUAAGAGAUGCUCGUACUCUUGCUGGUCCCAAUAUUGUAAUACUCCUUGUAGGAAACAAGAAGGAUUUGGAUUCAAAACGUGAAGUUACCUUUUUGGAAGCAUCCAAGUUUGCUCAGGAAAAUGAACUCAUCUUUCUGGAAUCAAGUGCGAAAACUGGAGAGAAUAUAGAAGAGUCCUUUUUGAAAUGCUCAAAGUCAAUCCUCUCAAAGAUUGAGACAGGUGAGUUAGAUCCAGAAAGGAUUGGGUCUGGCAUUCAGUAUGGAGAUCUGAGGCACCUCCAGACCAACACCACUCGACGGCAGCCUGACUGUGUCUGCAGAGCAUUGUAGAGAGAUCAUGACAGAUGGAAAGUUAAUUAGCAGAAAAGUAAAAGAAAAAUUCAUAUUUUUUUCUAAAUUGUCUUAUUGAUCUUCAAAUUAGCAGCAGUUUGAAAACGAAAAUCCCCUACUGAAGUGUGUUGUGAGUACCAUCGUUUAAUCAGUUCAAUGUGUUUCUCAUUCUUGAAACUAUUCAAACUGUCUCUUUGUGAAUCACUUUUGUUUCCUUUUUGCUUUGUUUGUGUUUAUCUCUCUCUUUCUUUCUUUUGCUUUUUUUAUUAUUAUUUUUUUAAACUGUGACUGAGUAUAAAUAUCUCAUCAAGAAUAUCUUUUUGAAUUUUUUGAAUAUUUUUUUUUUGACAUUUUGAAAAUGUUACAUUAUAAGAGAGAAGUGUCUGCCAGUUUAUCUUUUAUGAAUAGUUGACUAAUUGAAAUCUUACUUUUAAAACUUGAAACAGUUAUAUACAUUGGUAUAGGUUCUUUAUUGUGACCUUAGAGCUUGGAGUUUAGAAUGUUUCUUACUAACACUGGUGGAACAGAUUAAGGUAAACAGUGUACUGUUAGUCAAUCUUAAGACCUUUCUGGCAGGAUAUUUCUGUAAUGAGAUCUGGAUGGGCUGUGAUAUGGUUUUCUUCCAUAAUUAUUCUAAUACUUGAUCAUCAUAAUUUUAGUUAAGAUUGGGAACUGAGUGCUCACAUUAUGUCACCUAAAGAAGGCAGUUUACUGUGUCUUGAUUUGUGAGGAGAGUUUACAGGAUUUAGGAUUAUGAUGUAGAAAGGUAUAAUAAUUAGUCAUAAUUUUGUGAUGUUGUUGGUUAAUUGUUGUUUUUUGUUUUCUUUGUGUGACCAGUUAGGAUUUUUAAAUGCUGGGUUAGACUGGCUGCGGUUGUCAUUUGCUCAAUAUGUUCUUGGUAGAAAUCGGCCAAUCUCAAGCCUUGAAAAUACACUAAAACAUAUCCAACAAAUGACAAUUGCAACGAGUCAAAACCCCGCACAAAAGUUAUCUAUCUAUCCAAAAAGCUGACUGUAAAUCAUUGUUUAUAUAAUCCCAUCUACGUAAAGGGAUGUAAUACUCAUUGCAGUUGUGACAACUGAGAAGUAUGUGAACAUCAGAAUCCUUUUUGAUCAAUUGUUAUAUUUCUGAAAAAGUAGAUGAUGUAGUUAUGUAUGUUCUACAACUUUUGAAGGAGGAAGAAAUUCUGUUCUUCAUGGGGAAUGCCAUAAAAGCUGCUUCUCUGUUUCUCAGAUAUGUGUAUGUUCUUACCGUUUUAUUUUUGGUAUGUUACUCAUGCACAACUUGGCACAUUUAUCUAGGGUAAUUUAGUCUAAUCUGUUAUUCUCGAUAGACAGCAUUAUGUAAAGUCUUAUGUCUGGAACUUAGGCCUUUUUUCUGUAGUUAUACUGUACCACAUGCAGGUUGGGUUUGCAAACUGUUGCUCACCAUGGUGCCUUUCAAAGAGGCAGCACGCCCACUCACAUGUGUGUGGUACAAUAUGACUUUGAAAUAGUAUGGGGGCCUAUGUGGCACCCUGUAUAUUUCAAAUCUACUUAACUGUGGGAAUUUGAAUCAUUGUCAUUAAUAGAUCUCACCUUUAAUUUUGGUUUGUUUGGACCAUUUAU